ACCCCCACUAGCCAUGCCAUACUCCUCCCCCCUAUAAAUCUCCACAUACCUUUCCCCUUUUUUACUCUAAACCGUUAAGCUUGACAACCUUCCUUUUCCUCAAAACCACCAUGAAACUCCACUUCCUUUCUCUACUUCUUCUCUUUUUUUCUCUAGCCCAGGGAUUGAACCCCAAGUGUAGCACCCAAGACCAAGGCUCAAACCUUCAAGUCUUUCAUGUUUACAGCCCAUGCUCCCCAUUUAGGUCAUCCAAGCCACUCUCAUGGGAAGAGAGCGUGCUCCAAAUGCAGGCCAAGGACCAGGCUAGGCUUCAAUAUUUGUCAAGCUUAGUGGCUGGGAAAUCUGUGGUGCCAAUUGCCUCUGGCAGGCAGAUCAUUCAGAGCCCAACCUAUAUCGUUAGGGCCAAGAUUGGAACCCCAGCCCAGACCUUGCUCUUGGCAGUGGAUACUAGCAAUGAUGCUGCUUGGGUUCCUUGCAGUGGCUGCGUUGGGUGUUCCUCUACUGUUUUCGACUCUGCUCAAUCUACAACCUUCAAGACCCUUGGCUGCCAAGCUCCUGAGUGCAAUCAGGUACCCAACCCCACUUGCGGUGGAAGCGCGUGCACAUUCAACUUGACCUACGGCAGCUCCUCCAUAGCAGCAAACCUCUCGCAGGACACUGUCACUCUGGCGACUGACUCUGUCCCUGGCUACACCUUUGGUUGCAUUACAAAAGCCACAGGCAGUUCAGUGCCUCCUCAGGGGCUUCUGGGCCUUGGCAGAGGACCAUUAUCUCUUUUGUCACAAUCCCAGAACCUAUACCAGUCAACUUUCUCAUACUGCCUUCCUAGCUUUAGGUCUCUCAACUUUUCUGGGUCUUUGAGGCUUGGACCCAUUGGACAGCCCAAGAGGAUCAAGACUACACCAUUGCUCAAAAAUCCUAGGAGAUCAUCUCUCUACUAUGUCAACUUGGUUGCAAUUAGGGUUGGAAGAAGAGUUGUUGAUAUUCCUCCUAAUGCUUUGGCUUUCGAUCCAACCACCGGCGCUGGGACCAUCUUCGAUUCCGGAACUGUAUUCACCCGGCUAGUGACGCCGGCCUACACGGCUGUCCGCGACGAAUUCCGAAAGCGAGUUGGGAACGCGACGGUGACAUCUCUAGGUGGAUUUGACACAUGUUACUCAGUACCAAUAGUAGCGCCCACCAUAACAUUCAUGUUCUCCGGCAUGAACGUGACAUUGCCACCAGAAAACAUACUGAUUCACAGUACAGCAGGAAGCACGACAUGCCUGGCCAUGGCAGCUGCACCAGAUAACGUGAAUUCGGUUCUGAAUGUGAUAGCCAACAUGCAGCAACAAAAUCAUAGGAUACUUUUUGAUGUUCCCAAUUCAAGGGUUGGUGUGGCUCGAGAGCAAUGUUCUUGAUUUAUUGCUUUUUUUUUUUUUUUUUUUUUUUUUUUUCUAAAUUUGAAGAUGUGCCUUGUGAUGGUAAGAGGCUUCUUCUUUUGGUUGUGGUUGAUGGGAUAUUUCAUAUUAUUAGGACUUGUUACUGAAUCUUAGGGCCUUGUUGGGAAAUUUUCUACAGGGAAUGAAAAAUAAAGAAUAAUUUCUUCUUUGUUA